GGGGGUGAGCUCUUGUACUGGCCGCGCGACAGCGGGCAAAGCUUGGCGAGCCUUGCAGAGUCCGACGCCAGCGUCUUAGACAUACGCACUCCGACAGCUUUCGACGGCUGCCGAGCGCAUGCCACGAAAGCUUUCCAAGGGACUCGGUUCAGCGUGGUCCUGUACACCGUGAAGAAUUUUGAAACCUUGCAGGGCCACCAGCGGAACCUAGCCACACAUGUUUAGAGGUUUUAAUGGGGCGUAGGGACGACCCCGAACUGCUGAUGCAUUGGGUUCAUUGCUAUCGGCUUUCUUUUGUUUACGUGUGGCGACGCUGUUUGGAACCUUUCUACUUUUUCCCUCAGGAUAUUGUUGUCCGAAGCUGGGUACAAUGUUAGCUCACCUGCCAGCAUGGCCCGUUUCAAAGCAGUCCUCUCAGUUUCUGAACCUCGGUUGAGCCAGCCUUUUUUCUGUUGUAACCUGAAAGCACCCCGGCUUAUAAGUACUUUCCAUGUGCCUUUUGAGCAGAACGUUGUCUACGCGUGUCAGGACUUUUCAGCCUUCCACCUGCCGUCCAUGGGUCAAACUCGGUCGGCGUUGCCUGAGAAGAGGAGUUCUGCUGAAAGCGCAUGCCCGGAGGCGAAAAGGGCAAGAACGGCGCUGCCAGAUGGGGUGAUGCCUCUGAGUGGCAGAGCCAAAGCCUGGAAUUUGCCGGAGGGCUGGGCGUGCGGUUUCAAGAUGACUUCCACGAACAGAAAGGUCAAAGUAGCCGUCGGCCCAUGUGGGCAGGUGUUCUGGGACUUGCGUCAGGCCAAGCGAGCCUACCCUGGCGUGCUUUGAUCGACCCUCACGCGCAGCCGUUCAAAUCACGCACUCAGUUCAGUGAUACUUGGAAAGCUUUUUUGCACUCAGCCUCAGCCAGCCUGUUUUUCGCACCAAUGGCAACCAUGUGGUGAUGCAGGCGUACCUUCGUGCCGUCAAAACAUUAGCUUGAGCGCCCCAUGGGGAUGUCACAGUUGCGCCGCUUUUGAUUCCAAAGAACUGUUGUAACAGACCAGAUUGAAUUCAAAAAUGGGUUGUCAAGACGAUUUUUAGGGUAUUGCUGGCUGAGCUUCUAUUCCUAAAACUCAGACAGCCUGGCCAUAAGACCAUUGGCGUCAAGGCGACAAGGGUGCUGCAUUUAUGUUGCAAGGGCGUGUUGCGAGCGACCGUCUUGCCGGAGAG